GGCGACAGCGAAAGCGGCGACAGCAGCAGCGCGCCCCGCCGCCGCCGACAUGGUGUCCCCCGUCACCGUGGUGAAGAGUGAAGGCCCCAAACUGGUCCCCUUCUUUAAAGCCACUUGUGUCUAUUUUGUCCUCUGGCUGCCAACUUCCAGCCCAUCCUGGUUCAGUGCCCUCAUUAAAUGUCUGCCCAUCUUUUGCCUGUGGGUUUUCCUCCUGGCUCAUGGGAUUAACUUCCUAGUGUCACACCGGAGUGCCAGCCGCAUCCUAGCGGGACUCAUAUUCUCAGCAGUGGGGGACGCCUUUCUCAUCUGGCAGGAGCAGGGCUACUUCAUUCAUGGUCUGCUGAUGUUCGCCAUCACACACAUCCUGUACUCUUCAGCCUUUGGCAUGAAGCCUUUGGACCUCAAAGCUGGCUUGCUGAUGGGCGUUGUUUCCAGCUCCUGCUAUGCCUUCCUGUACUCCUACCUCUCGGGUCCCUUCACCUACCUGGUGGCCGUCUACAUCGCCCUGAUCGGCUUCAUGGGCUGGCGGGCGGUGGCGGGCGUGCAGCUGUGCAACGACCUGUGGACGUGGACCAAGCUGUCGGCCUGCGUGGGCGCCAUGCUCUUCAUGGUGUCAGACCUCACCAUCGCGCUCAACAAGUUCUGCUUCCCCGUGCCCUACUCGCGCUUCAUCAUCAUGGCCACCUACUAUGCUGCCCAAAUGCUGAUUGCGCUCUCGGCCGUGGAGACCAGAGAUGAAGAGGACUUCAGGAAGAGGAGCUAG